UAAAAAAAAACUAUUUACAACCACUGAUUUCCUUACUACAUAUCUGCAUCCUUUACAUCCCUGGAUCCUAUACAUGUCUGCAUUCCUUACAUACCUGCUUGCCUUACAUGCCUAUGUAUGUAUGUAUGUACAUCCCUUACAUCUUUGAAAUCGUUACAUCCCUGCAUCCAUUAUAUCUUGGCAUCCCUUACACCUCAGCAAUUCUCAUCAGACAUCCUUCCUUUGCGCCGGUUUGCACCGCUGUCUUAGACCGCCAUUUUCCCUAAAAAGUAAGCGGAGUUUCAAGUUUCAAGCGAUUUCAAGCAGUCGAAAUUGAUCGAAAUGGAAGAAGCUAUGAAUAACUGGGUUAUUGUAUUGCAUUCAGUUUUUGAUGUUUUACAUUUUAAACCAAUAGUUGCAAAUUUAUGGGACAAAGAGACGUUUAAUAUGCAACGAAUGAAUGAAAUAAGAAUAAAAAGGUCUGAUGUACUCCUUGGAUACCUAAUUCCAUUUUGGAUUAUUUUAUAUUUUAUGUAUGAAAAGUGCCUUAAUUCGUUACUUCGACGUAUGCGCAUUCCAUUGUUGCAAAGAAGUAGAAUAAUCGAGGCUGUGUGGGAUUGUGGAUUUUGCUUUGGUAGCAUUUGUUAUUUGAAGUCAUCUACUGUCAAGACGAUAAACUUUUUCUCUGAAGAACAAGCAGUAACUCACCAAGAGUUAGGUGUUAUUCUACAUAAAAGCUUUUACCUUCACCGGGCAGGAGUAGAAAUCUUCUGUCACGAGGCUUGGAUAAAAGGCUGGGCCAACUUGCUGUUUGCAUCUUUUGUUAUGAAUCCAUAUCAGGAAAAAUGGUGUACAGUAGUAAGCACUUUUGUGUUUUACAAAGCAUUUGAUACUAUUGUGAUAAGUAUAUGUCGUAUUUUGUUAUGUACAUCACACUUUAUUGGAAAAAAGCUACCCAAGUUGUUCUUUUUCCUUCAUUGUCUCAGCUGGAUAUAUUUGUACACAUUAUUUGUACCAAAAUUAAUGUUGUGGACAGAAAGUACUAACCAUACACGAGCAAAGUUGGGUUUGUGGCUGUGGUUUAUCGCAGAAUGCAUAGAUUCGAUGUGGUUUAGGUUAUUAUGGUGUGGAAAGGCUACACACUGGCUAGAAAUUUGUUUAUUUCCACCUCCAACACAGGAAGCAAUUGAAUUAGCAGGAAUACAAAAGCGACACAGAGAUUCAUUAAAAAAGUUAGUUAAUAGAACUUCAAAAAAAGCUGAAUUAUGGCAAACGUUAUUUUGUGCAGUAGCUAUUAAAAAGAAAAUUAAAAGGAUUCGGGAAGCAAAACAUAAUGAGACUACAUCGCUAACUGAUUAUCCAGAAAUAUUAUCUCAAACAAAUGCAAAGGAAGAACCAAUGAGAAAUGAGAAGGAAAACGAGAACGAGAACGAGAACGGGAAGGGGAACGAACAGUGAUCACAGAGAUAAGCAAUAUAAUCAGUAUUUUACAAUUGAGGAAAAAGUAAAUAUAAAGACUAUGCUGCAGUUUGCACACAUUUUACCUUGAUAAAAACGCCCGUUUUACCAAAUAUAUGAAUAUACAAAAAUAAUAUUGUUAGAAAACUGUGACUUUCUUGAAGCUUGUAAUGACGAUGUUAAUAGUUUAAUGUAAUUGUAUUUUAUAAUGUUCAUUUUCUAACUUUUUUAAUCUACACCAUAGAGAACUCGUUAUUAUAAGAAGGAAAACUAUUCAAAUAACACAGUUCCUAGAUAUAUAAAGUUUUAUUUUCGAUCAUUUUGGAUUGUGUCAAUAAAAUAUAGUACAUGUAUUUAGGCUGAAUUGUUCCACAAUGUUAUACAGCUUAAUGAAAAAUAUUAUAAAUGAACGUUGUUUGAAUAAAAUUGUAUUCAAUAUUCUGGCAGCGUACAUGCCUUGAUAAUAUCGUAUUUCUAAAAAUUGUUAAAACAUUCGGUUUCGAAACUUAUACAUAAAAUGCUGUAUUAUACAAAUGCACAACACAUUUUUUCGAUUCGACAAUAAUCAAUGGUAAAAUUAUUUAAGCGAUCUUAGUUUUAUAUCAAUGUCUAAAUGUAGGGAGAUCUUAUGUUCUUAUAAACUGUAGGUACAUAUUCUUUCACAGAAUUAAAGAGUUAUGUACAUACCAUUAUUUUUGUUGUUUUUUCUUUUUUUUUGCAAAUGAAUACUGUGUAUAAGGCGUUUUAAAAUAGGUGUUAAAUGCAAUGAAAUCAAUGAAUUGUCGCAGUACAUCAUAUAUAAAAUAUUCUAAUAGAAUUAAAUAUUUAAAUGAUAGUUGAUAGAUGUUGAUAUCAGAAAAUUAUGGUUUAUCGUAGUUGUAUAGAAUUUGUUUAAAAAAAACAAGUUCCAUGUACAGUGAAACCAGAGAAUUAAAUGAAUGAUAAAACAUUGUUCAAAAACAGCUUGAUCGAUUGUGCGCUAAAGAAUUCGGUUACUCUCUGUGAUGAGUAAAACUACGUUUUUUUAAAAUUAAUAUAGCAAUAUUUCUCUCCCUGAAUAAGGCCUUUUCACGUGUAUGACGACCGUUCAUUGUUCAACACAACAUUAUAAAAUCUCUGCCUCUCUUACUAAAUUGGAAUAAUUAUCCUUGAUCCUUGAAUGGAGAUUAAAGGUCUGUUUAUUACGUAAAUUCUUUUAUAAUCGAGUUUUAUAGACACACUCACAAAAUAUCUUGCCAUAUUAUUUUUAUCGUGUGUGUGUGCAUUUGUUUGUGUGUGUGCAUUUGUGUGUGUGUGUGUGUGUGUGUGUGUGUGUGGUGGUUAUUUAUAAUAUUUAUAUAUGUAUAUCGUUAAGUUAUUUCGUAACUUAUGUUGAGUAACUAUCACUGCGCUUACUUCCUCGUAAUAACGUGUAAUUAAUUUCUCUUCAAUGUCCCUUUUCUUUCUUUUGUUCUUGCUUUUUAAACGUCUUUAACCCUUUUGCUACGGCGUGCUUCAACCAAAACUCUUUUCAACGUAUUAAAAUUUCAUAAAAUUUCUUGUUCUUAAGAAAUAUUUCUUGUCCUUUCGUAAUUUGAUAUUAACGCAAUCUUGCAUUUCUUUAUUAUAUCGUUAUAUCGUUAUAUCGGUAAAUCUACAGAAUUAAUAAAGCACUUUGGACGUAGCAAAAGAGUUAAUGUACUUCACAUAUUCAUGCUGUUUUAAAUGACGACAAAAAGAAUAAAAAAGAUGCGAAGAAAUGUAAAGUCUAUAUGUAAAAUUCAUGUUGGUAUAAUCAUGUCAACGACAAGCCAAAUUUGAUCUUUUUUGUCUUCUUAGAUUUUUAAGGCUUUUACGGGCCGGUUUCUCACAACUGAUCGGGACUGGGUAUAAAUCGUGUCUCGAAGGAUAUACAUCUUGAUAAUUCUCCAUCAUUGUAGUCAGCUUUUUCCCUGACAAGUUCGUUAGUUUUUAUUAUUUAAAAUAUUUGGAGAAGAGUCAGAAUAAUUAUCUUACAAGACACGGUUUACACCCCAAAGUCUCGAUCGAUUAUUUAGCGCAUUUACUUCACAAGAGAUACAGCUUCGUUCCCCAACUUUGUCGUUCCAAGUGACACUCGUCUGUUUAUAAAGAAUAAUAGAACAGUGAGGUUUCGAGGACGCGGAUCGUUGAUUAAUUUAUUGACUAAUAACUUUGCCUGGAAUAGCGCGUAUAAAAUUGUUAAAGUGCUGUUUCUUUUCAAUGCAACUGCUGUUGAUGACGAGCUUUUAUGGUGGAUCGGGGGUUUUUUUUUUUUUUUUUUUUUUAAUUUUAUAGCGCAGCAUAGACAGUAAAUUAUUUGAACGCGAUCGCAGGAUGAACAAAUUAUAUGACCUUCUUUCUUCGCACAUUCCGCCUUUCUUUUCUUUCCUUUUCUUUUCUUUUCUUUUUUUACAUGCCACUUUGACAUUGUUUAACGAACGUCUACGGUUCGCCGAUAUUGUUGAAACGAACGCAAUUAUUACGAAAGUUAAUCUUAUUACAAACACAGUACGUAUUAUGAGCAAUAAAAGUUGAGUCGGUGAAA